GAAGAAGAAGAAGACGGUAGUUCUGUGGAAUGUGUGCUAUUCAGCUGCCGAGUGGACAGUUUUUGCGACUCCUCCAGUGUUUUGUGAUUAUGUAACCUACAGACAGAGUUGUCACUGAAGAAUUGGGACGUCACCGGACACUAACAUGUCCAUGUUUAGUACGGGCAUACUUGUCCUGACCUCCCCUCUCCACACCCUGCCCCUGCGCAUUGCCCCGGUACUCAGCUCAGCCGCCCAGGUUGUAGAGCGCACGCUGUAUGUGCACCUUCAUCCUGGACUGAAUUUGGUAAAUGGGAGUCAGUCCCGCCCCAUUUUCAUUCCACCGGUUGUCGACCUGUCUACCCUCAUCGCCGGCCUUUACAGCAAUGCAGCCAACAUAUGCGCAGACCUGGAUGUCUGUGUGUUGGUGACCAACAUCAGCAGUCAGGCAGCUACCACGAUUCCAAACUGCCCCUUCCCCACUCCGCAGCAUCUGUCUCACUCUCCAGAGGUGGUGUUAACAGACUUUCCUCUGCAGGAUAGAGGUCAGUCCCAGCAGGUGAAAUGGUGCCUGCAAAAGUACACCGGCCAGUGUUACUUCUGUAGCCCCAGUAUAGCCUCUGUGCUGCUUCAACCACAGCCAGCGAAACUGCAGGAGGAGGACAGGCAGAAAGGUUGUGAAGAACAAUCAAAGCCAUUGGAGACAUUCAAAGACGUGGUGGUUGGAGGGACAUUUGAUCGGCUCCAUGGGGCUCACAAAGCCCUACUGAACAUGUCAUGUGUGCUAGCCAACAGAAGGCUCCUUAUUGGUGUGUGUGACCAAGGAAUGCUGAAAAAGAAGGUACUGAAAGACCUGAUUGAGCCCUACGACGUGCGAGUGCAGAGAGUACAGGAGUUCCUACAUGAUGUCAGACCCUCUCUGCAGGUGGAGAUCGUGCCCCUUGAUGACCCAUUUGGAAAAUCUGUGAUCGACCCCCUGCUGCAGUGCAUUGUUGUUAGUGAGGAGACACUGAAGGGAGGCGAAGCUGUGAACAAGAAGCGCGUUGAGAAUGGUCUCCCUCCUCUCGUGCUGCACGAGAUCCAGCUGCUUAAAGAUGCCCAUCGCACCGAGACAGAGGAAGAGAAGAUCAGCUCCUCCAGCCUCCGCUCCCGUCUGCUGGGUACCCUCCUUAAAGCACCUCAAGACACGUCACACCUCCCUCUGCUUCCAUAUGUGAUUGGACUAACAGGGGUUAGCGGCAGUGGUAAGACCUCCAUCGCCAAGCAUCUGGAGGCGCUGGGCGCAGUCUGGAUUGACUGCGACAAACUGGGCCACGAAGUGUACCAGCCUGGUGCUGCAGCCUAUUACAGAGUGAUUAAAGAAUUUGGAUCAGAUAUUCUGAAUGAUGAUAAAACCAUCAACCGGCAAGUGUUGGGAAAGAAAGUAUUUGGAAACCAGGAACAGUUAAAAGUCCUGACAGAUAUUGUGUGGCCUGAGAUUGUCCUUCUGGCGAAGAAAAGAAUCGCUCAGGCCAGAGAGGAAGGCAAACAGGUGUGUGUAUUGGAUGCAGCAGUUCUUCUACAGGCAGGCUGGACAGACAUGGUCCAUGAGGUUUGGGUCACAUUGAUCCCUGAGGAGGAGGCACUGUCAAGGAUAAUGGCUCGGGAUGGUGUGAGGGCAGGAGAUGCUUUACAUCGACUGCAGAGCCAGUGGUCUAACGCCAAGCACGUAGAACAUGCCAGUGUAGUGCUCAGUACAUUUUGGGAGCCCGAGGUGACUCAGAAACAGGUGUUGAAGGCUUGGAGGCUCCUCCAGAAGAGAAUCCAAGAGAAACUAGAGGCACAGUAGAGAGCUUGUGCACGUCCAACCCAGGAACACGAAUGCAGGAAAGAUGAGGCCACAUGCUGCCUUGGCAUGAAAACAGCCACUGUGCAGAUACAACAUGGAACGUGCGUGAUGCCACCCAGUGCUCAUUUGACAAAAUCUCAGUGCCUGACUAAUUACACAUUUUUAAAGAUGCUGGCAAUAAGACUUCAUGAUGAUUUGUACUGUAAAAGAACAGCAUAUGGUGUGAAAGUUUGGGGAAAAAUUGCUUAAAACGCUACAAGUACUGAGAUGCACUAUCAGACUAAAAUAAGCACUUUUCAGUGGUGGGCACAGAUCUGCUAACUAGUGAAGCUAACUUUUUUGUUAUGUGAUUAGCUUUUCAGCUAACUUUGAAAACCAUCAGCGGACCAAUAAAUCUUC